AAACUCAUGUCUAAUCCAGCUUGUUCUAAUCUCUUCACCAAUGGAUUUGACAAUACAAACUUCACCUACUCCAGUUCUCUCUCUUACAUUUACAACUCUAACAAUAGCUUCUACUACCCUAAUACCACAAAUCCUAAUAACAUGGCUCCUACUACUACUUCCACUUUCCCUAACUCACCUCCACUCAGAGAAGCACUUCCUCUUCUUAGCUUAAGCCCCUCAAGGCACCAAGAACAGCAAGAUCAACACUAUUUCAUGGACACAGAUCAGAUCAGUUCUUCUAACUUUCUCAACGAUCCUCAUGAUGUGACCGUGGAUCUUCAUUUAGGGUUACCAAACUACGGUGAUGGUGGGAGCAUUGAGAGCUAUAUUGCCCCUGAUGGAACCACCGAGGAACAACAUCAUCAUGACCAAGGAGUAGAGGUCACGGUUGACUCCCACCUUCAUGAUGAUGAUGAUCAUGGAGAUCUACCCAGAGGUCAUCACUAUUGGAUCCCUACUCCUGCUCAGAUUUUGAUUGGUCCUACACAGUUCUCUUGUCCUCUUUGCUUCAAGACAUUCAACAGAUACAACAACAUGCAGAUGCACAUGUGGGGACACGGCUCACAAUACAGAAAGGGACCAGAGUCUCUAAGAGGAACUCAACCAACAGGAAUGUUAAGACUACCAUGUUUCUGCUGCGCACCGGGAUGCAAGAACAACAUCGACCACCCGCGAGCCAAGCCUCUCAAGGAUUUUCGAACCCUCCAAACCCAUUACAAGCGCAAACACGGAUCUAGACCUUUUGCUUGCCGCAGAUGUGGCAAGGCCUUUGCAGUGAAAGGAGAUUGGAGAACACAUGAGAAGAAUUGUGGUAAACUUUGGUAUUGCUCUUGUGGCUCGGAUUUUAAGCACAAGAGAUCGCUUAAAGACCACGUCAAGGCUUUUGGUAAUGGUCAUGUUCCUUGUGGGAUUGAUAGCUUUGGAGGAGAUCAUGAUGACAACUAUGAGGCUGCUUCUGAUAUCGAGCAACAAGAUGAUUGCAACAACAACGAGUGUUAA